GUUAACGGAACGCUCCGGAGUCAUCAAACCUCGGAGUGACGUGCACCAGGUCGUAAAAUGUGCCGGAAAUACAGGUGUUCUGCUCCAAAUAUACGGAUAUUAAAUUAACAUGGCGGCGUUGGUGCGGCUUAAGAGGAGCAGCGUCCAGCUCAGGCAUGCGGCACUCGAGAUGAAGGCGGCUGUGCGAGCGCGCCACAUUGUGGCAUCGCUCGUUGCAGUGGGAUUUGCUCUUUGCGGUGCGGUGGAAGUCAGCUCGUCGGUGGCACUGUUGGCCAAUCAGAAGGACAAUCAUGCCAUCAUCGAUACGUCCUGGCAUUGUGACAUGCUGGUCAACAUCAGUAGCAGGAACCGAACCGAGGACUUCGAGUUCAUCCUCCUGGAGCUGCCGCAAGAAGAACGCGCCGAGUCCAUCAUGCGCGAGGCCUUUCUAUGGGGCCAAGUGGCAGGACCAAUUCUGGGAGGAUGUCUGGUAUGGGGCCGAUCAGGACCCUCCAUGGUGUUCUCCCGAGCAGUCCUUAGCGCCUGCCUGGCGUCCCUCCUGGUACCUGCAGCGUGGAGAGGACCUUCCCAUGUUGCCCUUCGACUCUUCCAGGGACUCUGCACGGGAGCGACGAUGCCUGCGGCGCACAUGCUUGCCAUGACGUGGUUCAAGAGCAACGACAGAAGUUCCUACUUCAGCUGUUACGCGGCUGUCAGCGUGGGAUAUUGCGUGACCGGAUGGCUAGGUACUGCGGUGGUGCGUUCGCUCGGAAGGGACUCGUUAUGUUACGGUCUCGUAAUCCUCGCCUUGUGUUGGUACUUCACCUUCGGUCGUUUCGUCAAGGAUACCCCGAAGUCAUAUCAACACGACACAAACGCGGCAGUGAUACCGUGGGGAAAAUUACUAAGAUCCGUCCCCGUAUGGGCUUCAGCUGUAGCCACUAUGGGGAACCAAUGGGGCGACGCGACCCUGGCUCUGGGCAUGACCAAGUACCUCAAGCUCAUCUACGGAUUCUCCACAGCUAACGAUUCGGUGCUGACCACGUUACCGCACAUUGGGCACUUCAUGGCUGCCCUCACUUGCGGUCUCCUGGUGGACCACGUCCGGGAAUCUGAGAUAGUUUCUACAACAACAGCGAGGAAAUUAGUCGUGUACACGGCGCACUUCAUCCCAGCUGCUCUCCUCUUCGUCGCUGGGUACGCAGGUUGCCAGGCACUAGGUGCAGCCUGGCUGGGGAUCGCAGCUCUUCUGGUAUCCGGGACUGCCCCUGCAGGUGCACUUGCUGCAAUUGCGGACCUUGCACCUGAAGAAUCUCCUGCUUGUGCAGCAGCGGCCUGCGCCCUCUGCUCCACCCUCGGUGCAGCGGGAUUGCUCGCAGCAAAUUAUUUUGUCACUCAGGCUCUUCAUGGCUCUAUCGCGGGGUCAUGGAGACUGGUCUUCGGUGUAGCAUCCGUGGUGUUGCUGACGACGGCUGCUGUCUUUUUGGCACUUGGCAAAGGUGUACCUCAACCAUGGAUUCCAUCAGUUGCACGACCCAGAAGUCAUGACGUCAUUUACGAGCAGGACGCCCUGGAACUGGACUACGAGGACGUCGGCGUGCAGACUGAGCCUUUCAAUCCUUACAGAAUCGACGAGGACGAGGAGAGUCUUCAUGGUGGUCCCCGAUCUGUUUCGGUACAUUCCAAUGACUCCAUUGUCUCGAUCUGAGUAUCAAGAUCACUUCAAGAAUUCUGUUUCUCACGAAGUGGUGUUUCGUUUUGACGUGAAUCAUCAAUGACGAUGAUAGAUGAUGAAUGACUCGGUUGCAAGUAACUUAAACCGAGACCGAGUAGAAGUGCUUCGAUGACGGAAACAAAGUUCGACGUUUCAGAAAUAUUCAUUUGAGAUGAUUCAAAGAUCGACGUUGAAGACUUCUGAAGAAGUAAUUUUUUUAAAGGAUGACACCCUGGACAUCGAAUGAUCUUGUCACAGAACGUUGUAAAUCUCAAUUUCCAGGAUUAUGUUCCCUGGAAUGGAUACCAAGUAAUUUUAUUAUCAAUGUACAGAUAGUCACUAUCUGUAUUAAGUAUCUUAGAGAAGUAUAGCAGCCUACCACCGUUCGCUGACAUUAAAAAAAAUAUAUACAUAUAUAAUUAUUCAAGCUGAGCAAGUGAACCAUUUUUAUACGUAUUUCCGAUAUCAUUACGGGAAACUUUCUAUUAUUAAACCUGUAAAACCUGCGACUACCGUAGAAGCAUAAUUUUUAUCAGUACGCCCUGUAACUAGUAAUGAUCAGGGGAAUCUUUAUUUAUAUGACGCGUCAAGGGAAGACUAUUUGCACAUUGACGUAUUACCAUUUAAUAAUAUCUAAGGUAUAGAAUUUCUUAUACAGUGAGAAAUACGAAUACAUAUAGUGUAAAUAUACAUGCACGGCGUUACUAGCCAUAAACUUAUCGUAUCGACGUUACCUCGGAUUUAAAUAAACGAAUCUUUGUUAAGUUGUAAAUACCGUAAUUCAGGUCUUUGGCGAGUUCCCGGAUGCUGUUCUUUGUAUUAAUUUUCUUUGGUAGGUUAUUCGACAAGACCAGAUAUUUACAAAAAUCAAGUUUAUUCAUCAAUUUUAUAGAUAUACACCUGUUAUGUAGAAAGUUUCAUCAUCGUUUACACAUUUAGAACUCGAUGAGGCAUCUUGUCGAUUGCCGUUGUAUAGUACAAGAGUCCUUCCAAAGAGCUUGUAAUCGACCGGGUGCCUCAUUGAGCUUACAUCAACCACGAGGUGUACUUUUAUUGGGUCGGGUAUUUAGAAACACUAUUUUAUAACGUUAUUCUGUUUAUAAUCAUUUUAAUCUUGACACUUAAGUCUUACCGGUACGGUAGUAUAGAUGCUAUAUGAAUCUGUUUCGUUGAAUGUCACUUAAAAGUGGUGGUCGCUUUUAUUGCUCCGGAAGUAAAGCAACAUUUAGCGAUUACUUAAUAUAUCGCUGUAAAUAUCGGUUAUGACAUCGCGUAACUAUUUCAGUUAACAUACAUACGUUCCACGAGAAAUUAGCUUCCAGGGUUUACAUUUAUUGCGGGUAAUUCACGGUUUAAACAAGUCCAUUACUUGCGAAAAAUGCGGCGUGUAUCGCAAAAUGUUGAUUUCCUUCUUUUCGACGAGCACGACCCCCUGUCUUUUUCUUCAAAGUCUCAUAACUAUUGUACACGGACAAACAUUGGUUAUCUCCUUAGGUCAUAUGAAAUUGUCGUUAAGGUCUUCUCAACUUAUUAAAGGGUUACGUUUAACUAUGGCAGUAUGUAGAUAGUAUAUAUGAAAAAAUUAUACUUUAAAAAGAAACAUGUUAAGCAGUAGAAAAUGACGUAGUUUGUACCUAAGCAACCUGAAGAAAAUAAAGCAAAUUUGUCAUAUACUUUGCAAAAAUUGCUGGUAUCCAAGGAGAGAAAUGGCUCUUACAAUCACUAAUUGAUUCUGAAUAUUCAAAAACGAUAAUAAAUGAACUCUACCCGAAUUAGAAUUGAUUUUUAAAAAACAAGAAUAAUUCUUAUAUCUAAACAAAACUUUCUGCAUCUGAGAAAUUACACAAUUAAUUACUCAAAUAUUUGCAAAUGGUACCAAAAGGCAAAAUAUGGCGUUAAAAUGCAAAAUGCAUACAGCUUUUAGGCCUUUCAAAUUAAGUUUUGCCUCGCUCGAUAAAUUUCCAUUAUUGUUCUGUUCAAGAAUCUAUUGCCAGAAAUAUAAUAAUUGUUCUGAUAAUGACCAUAUAGCAGGUCCGAGCUACGUUUUGCGAGGUUGCUGUUUUUUAUUCAAUUAUGACUAUUUUUCUAUACACAUGGCUCUGCCAUGUGGUCAUUAAUGAUUCCGAUAAUUAAUAGAAUUGUAUAAUAUAUAUAGAUGACAUAUAUUUAAUUUAAAACCUGCCCCACACAACACAUAACACCCUCAAUAUUUCCAGUGCAUGUUAAAAACUGUCAAAACAUGUCAAAUCCUUUAGAAACAUCUAUCGAAUGUUUAUAUGUUGUAUGGGUUUAACAUCUCAUUCUAAUUAUCAAUAGUAUUUAACUUUUUAAUCGUUAACAAAUUCUCUGUAAAGACGUUCAAACAAUAAGCCACUGCCUCACGGAGUAGCUUUAAAAUAAAAUCAUGUGUACAUAA